UCAGCCGUUGGCCAUAUUGUCAAACUGCUCUGUGGGGUGAGGAGCGGAGAACCAUGAAAGGGAAAUAAAUCGUGAGCCGAAUCCAGACAAAAGCCUCCUCUUACCGAGCGGAUUAUUCAGGCCACUUUUUUUUCUCUCUGUCAUUUGCCGGCGGUGGCGUCUUUGUGGUUUUCGCUUCAGUUAAUUUUUAUUUUUAAUUCUGGAAUAACCCGCCGACCAUGAGCUGGGGAACGGAACUGUGGGAUCAGUUUGACAACUUGGAUAAACAUAUGCAAUGGGGGAUUGAAUUUGUAGAGAGGUACAACAAGUUUGUGAAGGACAGAACAGACAUUGAGAUCAACUAUGCAAAGCAGCUUAGGAACCUUUCAAAGAAAUAUCAGCCAAAAAAGAAUUCCAGAGAAGAGGAGGAACAAAAAUUCACAUCCUGCCGAGCAUUUCAGACUCUUCUGAAUGAAAUGAAUGAUUAUGCAGGCCAGCAUGAAGUUAUUGCUGAGAACAUGAGCGGACUAAUAUUUGCAGAGCUGGCACGCUAUAUCCAGGAGCUCAAGCAAGAGAGGAAAAUGCAUUUCCAAGAAGGACGAAGGGCACAGCAGCACAUUGAAAGCUGUUGGAAGCAACUUGAAGCAAGCAAGCGAAGGUUUGAGAGAGAUUGCAAAGAAGCAGAGCGAGCUCAGCAACAUUUUGAGAAGAUGGAUGCUGAUCUGAACGUAACGAAGGCUGAUGUGGAAAAGGCUCGGCAGCAGGCCCUCACCCGACACCAGAUGGCAUCAGAUAGUAAGGGAGAGUAUCUCAGUACUCUUCAGAGCUUCAAUAAGGAACAGCAUGAACAUUAUUACACAAACAUACCAAAUAUAUUCCAGAAAAUUCAAGAUCUGGAUGAGAGAAGAAUAAUUAGAAUUGGAGAUUCAAUGAAGACCUUUUCUGAAGUUGACAGACAAGUCAUUCCUAUCAUUGGAAAAUGUCUUGAUGAAAUCACAAAAGCCGCUGAGUGUAUUGAUGAAAAAAAUGACACGCAGUUAGUGAUUGAGGCUUUCAAAUCUGGAUUUGAACAGCCUGGAGAUGUUGAAUUUGAAGAUUUCAGCCAGGCUAUGAAACGAACAGUUUCAGAAAGUAGCCUCUCCAAUAGCAGAUCUGAUGGCAAACAGGACAAGUGUGGCAAAUCCAAAGGCAAACUCUGGCCUUUCAUCAAGAAAAAUAAGCUUAUGUCCCUUUUGACAUCUCCUCAUCAGCCCCCCCCUCCUCCUCCUUCCUCUUCCACACCUUCUGCUGUUCCAAAUGGCCCUCAGUCUCCCAAGCAGCAAAAAGAGCCCCUCUCUCACCGCCUGAACGAAUUUAUGACCUCCAAACCUAAAAUCCACUGUUUCAGGAGCCUAAAGCGGGGGCCUCGGUCUUUCUAUUGUCACAAAGAACUGAUGAAGAGGACAUUAGGGAAACCUACUUAUGCAUAUGAGGCGAGGGAAUUUGUUCUUUCUCUCAAGCUGGGUUCAGGACCAGAAGACUUCAGUCAUCUGCCACCAGAACAACGGAGAAAGAAACUACAGCAGAAAAUUGAUGAGAUUAACAAAGAAAUCCAGAAAGAAUCUGAUCAAAGAGAUGCUUUAACAAAGAUGAAGGAUGUCUAUAUUAAGAAUCCUCAAAUGGGUGACCCCAACAGUGUGGAUCCCAGGCUGGCUGAAAUUGGGCAGACUAUUGAGAAAUUACGACAAGAGAGUCAGAAAUUUGAGGCAUGGCUUGCAGAGGUAGAAGGUCGCUUACCAGCUAAAGCUGAUCAAACACGGCGGCAGAGUGAAAUGUACGAGUUGCAGAGCAGUGCUGUCAACAACUGUGCACAAGACAGAGAGAGCAGCCCUGAUGGGAGUUAUACCGAAGAACAGAGCCAGGACCCUCAGUUAAAAGUUGCAGCCCAGAAUGAAUUUGAUGACGAGUUUGAUGAUGAAGAAGUACUGGCCUCAAUUGGCACGUGCAAGGCCAUGUAUGCUUUCGAAGGUCAGAAUGAAGGAACUAUAACAAUUGUGGAAGGAGAAAUGUUGAGUGUGAUUGAGGAAGAUAAAGGAGAUGGUUGGACAAGAGUUCGACGAAAUGAAGAUGAGGAAGGAUACGUUCCCACGUCUUAUGUGGAAGUCUAUCUCGACAAAAGUGUCAAAGGUACCUAAGGUGGUGUGCUGGUCCAUGAAUCACGGGGCGAGCUGGUAUGCAAGAACACGGUUCUUCUGCUUAACAAUAUUAAAAAUGGAAGACUAUAUAGAUUUUUUGCCUGGUUUAGUUUUUAAUAAACAAAAGCAAAACCAGAGAGAGAGAAAAAAUGAUAUGAUCAUAAGGUGCAAGUGCUUGAUAUUAUUUUAUGGCAUGCCAUCUAUUCUAAUUAACCUGGAUACUCUUUAAAUGAUGGGGAAAAAAAACAAUUUCCUGAUGCAUGCCACUGUUUAAAAUUUUGCCCAUCUAAAAAAAACCUGACAUAAAUUUUGAAAUCUACUUAACAGAAUACAUGUACUUCAUUACCACAGCCGUAACUGCCCAGGGUGUGGGCAGCUAUUGUUCAUGAGCUCAUUAAUAGAGCCAAGCUGAAGGUAUUUAAUGUUUGGGGGCAAACAGUAAAAUUAAACAAACUGACAACUCAAUUUCAUUUUCUUCUAUAUAACAACUUAAAGGAUCAUCUAGAGUUGCCACAAAUCUUUACAGUGUUCAUAGAAAUUAUUUCACCGAAAUACUAGUGCUGUCAAAAUUCUAAUUAUAUCAAUUCAUGCUUGCCUUGAGCGUUACUUUCUUACAUUACUCAUGAUUACUACACAUGCUCACAUUGGAAACCCUCGUAUUUAGUUACAAAAGGUGAAACUGCAUGGAGUGAUUGGAAGCUGUAAAAAUUAUAUAAUGAAACAUUAACUAAAAGGCAGUUAAUUUUCAUUCAUCCUCACCUCUACUGAGUUUGUGAAUAAGUUCAAUAUUUGAUUUUUUUUCUACCUCUUCUGAACUUCCAAACAUCUCCAGCCAAGGUAGCCUGGUAAAAUAGAGCACCUUCCUAAAGUUAUUUAAUAUGCAAAGAAGUUACCUGAGUCCCUAUUUACUUGUAAGCGUUUAGCCAAGUAGAAACACUGAACUGUUUUUUGUAACUGCUAUUUUUAGUGUGAAUUUGGUUGUUUUAAUUAAUUGUCAAAAUCUGCAGUAAUUGGGAUGACAGAAUUCAGUUAGCCAAGUGCAUUUAUGGUCAUGCGGUACAUGUAUCUGGUAUAUGGUAGAUUUCUUUGUUACCAUCACAUCAUCAUUAUCAUUUUGGUUGUAGCACUGCCCAACAUCGAACUUCAGUCCAUCUUUUCUAGUCUGCAUGCUCGCCCUGAUGCUCUACCUGUGCCCACCUUAAUUAAAGUCACUGCCUGUGACUUAGCACAUAUUUCUGCAUCGUUAUUUUGUUGGCUUUAUGAGGUAGAAUUGCUGGUCAUGUGACACUUUAUUUUCUUGCAUGUUCGCCUGUGUAUUUGUUGGAGUUUAUGCUGAACGGUAGCUGCUCUCCUUAAAGCUGCCUACAAACCACUGUCUGCUAAACUACCGGGGUUUCAGCUGUUUGUAAUAACUUCUCCACUGAAAAUCAGAGUGAAAAUGUGAAGAAAUGGUUUGCUAAAUAGUUUACAUUAACAGUGCAUAUAGAGCCAGGAAUGAGAGAUCCAGGGAAGCACCUUGCAUUUGAUUUGCAUUUCUGCGAGGAUUUCUAAAAAUUUUGCCCAUUGCUCGACCAAUCAUUUUUUAAACUAAGAAUUGCUGUUUUACUGGUUGUAAACUGCACCUUAAAGAGACAGCACUAAAUCCCUAGUUCCAUUAUUAUCCUAGACUAGAUCAAAACAAAGUUGAAUUGGUAAUAAAGGAUAUGGGAGAAAGAGCAGUGUGGUAUUAUUCCCUCUGAGGUCAAAUGGGCAACCCGCUUUCAAAUACGUGCCAGUUAUUUUCUGCAACUUAGCACCAAGAGCCAUACUAGCACUCUGUUUUCACCUCCAGUAGAGAUGUAUCUUUACUAAUUAUCAUCCUGUUGGUGAAUAUUUGAGAUUGGAAAUGCACAUACAGGAGGUUCAAUGUGUGUCUGGUUCUUUCUGGCAGGGCUGUAUUGAUUGAUAUUAAAAAUAUAUUUUUUUAAAAUCCUCACGUUGUGUGAAAGUAAUUGUUUGGCAAACAUUGUUUGGGUUAAAAUUAUUCAGACUUUUUUUAUAUUUAUAAUUCCUCUCAUUGAUGAUUGGAAUUACAAUGGGAAGCUGCUUUUAAGGUGCAGGUUUUACCAAAACACAUAAUUUAUUCUGUCAGGACCAAUUAUGAAGCAGAAAAAGCUCACAUAUAGUCCUAAGAGGUUACCCUCAUAUAUAAUCCUAAAUUAAUUAAAAAAUAGCUAACUACAUUUUCACAGUAGAGUGCAUUUUAAUAAAAUUCAGCUGAAACCCUGUGUUUUAUAUCAGUAUUAUAAAUACAACAGUUGCAAAAAAUGUAAAUACCUCAUUGAUUUCUUUAAAAGACAGGAGUCCUCCUUGGAUUUUCAUUACACAGACUUCUAUUUUACUCCUUCCAAGUGUGUAUUUUUUCUUUAGUUAAUCUACAAUCAUCAGGGUUUAUUGUUUCUUUGCAUUUGAUUGUAAUGCAUUUUUGAGGAACUUUUGUCUUGAUGCACCAAACUAGUGCAGCUGUGGUGUCUCAGUGUUCCAGAGGAUAGACUGUAGAGAUGUGUUCAGGAAUAUCCAGGAGAAGCUAGAAGUUUAGAGCACCCAGAUUUAUAGUUUACUGUCUCGUUAUCACAAGAAGGUAAAUAGAAUGUUAAAUUGAUUUUGGAUGGUUGGGUACAUUGUUUGAUAAUUUUUUUCAGAAUUUAGCUCUCUAAUUUUCUUUUCCAAUGGAAGAAUUUUUAUCCUGAGCUAAAAUAAUGCAGUUGCUUUUGAAAUUACCCUUUCAAAAUGUUUUGAAGGCCACUGCCCAUAGCCAAGCGUUAUCCAUAUCCUAUUGAACAAAGGUUGUGUAGAUAAGCCAUCUUGAGUAUUUCCUCAGAAUUUUUCCACCCUUUCCUAUGGACAAUAGAUUUGACCUUAUUAUAAUAGUGUAAGAGAAAUAGGAAUUGAGUGUAAAAUCCAGAGUCAACUGUUGGAUGGAACUAUUGAUUUGGGAGAAUGUGAGGUUCCUCGUUCAUUCUGUGAAUUAACUAACAUUUACCCAGGGAUCCCUAUCCUCCACAAUUCCCCUUUUUAUUUUUGUUUUAUGCACAGAUCAUAAUGGUGCAAUAUGUUGUUAACUCACCCCUUGGUUAUUAGAUUAUUGUUUUGUUUCCUUGUUAUCUACUGUAGAGAUUUGAUAAGUAUUUAGAUCUUAAUAGCAGUAAUUUUAUUAAGUCUUAUGUUCAGAAAAAUUGAUUGUCAUCAAUUAGGAAUAAAGAGUAUGGAAGUUGUGGAUUAUUUGGGAUGGAACAUCUCAGCAUGAUGGAGUUUGGCAGUAGAAGAAUGUUUUGAAAAAGAACAUAGUUUGAUUUCUGUAAAACUAAAUUGACCAAAUAAAAGUGACUGUUAGCUUCCCUGAUGUGGAUCCCAGGGAUGAUUUGUUUUGCUACUUGCUAGUUUGGCCUUGGCACUGGAAGAUGAAAGAUAACCUCGAACUGUUUGCACAUCCAGAAUGGGUCCAUAAUAUUCAUGUGUUAAAUGCAGAGAAUAAAGAAGGAACUGGAUAUAGUUGACAGUACCAACCAAACUGUUGAGUUGUAGUUUUACAGUAGUCAGAAAUGACAAAAAACUUACCCAAAGUCGACAGUGGUUGGGAUCAAAGGAGCAACAGUAAAUCCUAAUGAACUUACUGAAGAAACAAUGCACACGAAGGGACCAAAAAAAUCUAUCUGAACAUUCUUCUUUAUAUUGUGGUCACUCUUUGCAACUAUUGUUUUUUUAAAAGGUUGCAAUUGGUUUUUUUUUAUUUCUCUGUUUCUGGAGGAGCUCUGUCCUCUCCAUAUGCUGUGAUUUUUGCUUUUUGGUUUUGGCUUUGCCUAUCCCAGUCAAAUGCAAGGGUGCAUGUUCUGAUUUUAAUAAUCAUUUUUAAAUUAAUAUAUCAUUAAUUUAUUAACAAAAGUUCAAUUCAAGUGCCAUUGCUCAUGAGAUUUUUUUCUGUAGAUUUGUUUAUAGAGUUGAAAAUAAUUUUGCUAUUGUUCCUGGUGUAUUUGGGUGUUUUUUUAAAUGAGCUUUCCUGAAUCACCUGAGGGCUUUGCUUCAAGGUGAAAGUAACUGGGGAGGAAGCAUGUUUGCAGGAGCACAUCAGUUUUACACACUGUUCUGUUGGAAUGGAGUAAAGUGUUGGAUUUCCUUCAGACAUGCAGUGCUGUUACUUAUCAGAGAAAUAGAUUAAGUAAUUGUGUGAACCAAUUCAAAUUCACCAUUGAAAAUGAAACUGUCAUGCAGUCAUGGAAAUGGACCAGGCCUGACUAGGUAUUACACUGUUGGGCAGGAGAGCCAAAACUGAAAAGGAAGUAAAAGCCCAUUGUUUUAGCAUGUCUUUAAUUCACUUUGUAUAACUUUUUUUUGUUCAACAUAGACUCAUUUGACUGUUAUUUUUACCCUGCAAUCUACGGAUCUAUACUUGCCAGCUUUCCUAAGCAAAUAUUGUCCUAAUCUUAGCAGUGUUUGUACAUCACUGUUAAAGUCACUCUUUUAUAUAUUUCAAUUUUUUAAAAAUAACUAUACAAAUAACUAUACAUCUGCAAUUCAGAUAUAGUGCACAAUAAUGCUGCAUUAGAAAGUUUCAUAUAGACAUGCUUAAUUUUUAAGUAAAUUUUCACUCAGAGUUAGCUGCAAUGCAAUUUAGUUAUGGCACGGGUGAUGGUUCAGUGAAGAAGUCAGUCCUUAUUUUGCCUUAAUGACUGCAACUGUAUGAUUAAAGUUAUGCUUGUUAGUAAAAUUUGGCAUUUAGAAUGCUCACAGUUACAAGAUUUAUUUUUGAAUAUUUGUUUACAUUUUUAAGUUACUAUAGAUACUGUUAAUAAUGCUGAUACUCCACCUACCUGCUCUCUAACAGAGCCUGAAACCAUUUCCAUAAAGUGCAAAAAAUGAAAGCAUUCUGCAGUGAGUUUGGUCCAAUGCCGAUACAGUUAAUUUAGUAAAUUUCUUCAGUAAGUUUCUAAAAGCUGCACAUGCCCAACUUAUACGUUAGAAAAAUAUAGUCAGGUCAACUUCAGAUUGCCCUUUAGCAAUCCAAAGCUACUUGCUCUGUUUGCUUUUGCUAAGUUAAUUUGUUCUGCAUCUCCUGCAGUUUACUAUUACAAUGAUAAGCCAAUUGCGUGUUUUUGCUCUGCUGUUUCUACUACCCAUCAUCAGCCUAUUGAACUCUCUAUCCUCUCGUUUCUCAGCACUUUGCAUAAAAAGUGUUUUUAGUACAGAAUAUUUUCCUUUAACUGCCUUUAUAGAGAUAUGUCAUCCAAGGAUUAAAGAUGACUCAAAUCUCUUUAAUCGUCUUGUCUGUUUAAACUGUAUUGCACACUCUAUAUGAUAAACUCUGCUAGAUUAUUUUAUAGACUGUGGUUACUAAUGUAUUUAUUUGUAAUUAAUGCACAAAAUUGAGAACUUAUUAGCACUGUACAAUACAUAUCAUUUAUAGAGAUAUCUUAAUUGGUUUUGUUUCCUAUUUUAAGAAAGAUUUUUUUAUGUACAAUGUUUAAGUGUUCAUCUUUGAAUAGCAAUUUACUUGUUGACUUCUGAUAUCACUUUCUGUAUCAUGUUAUGUUAAUCUCCUUAAGACAGAAGUUGAGAGUGAGCUGCAAGAAGUCCAGUGCUAAUUCAGAAGCCUGUUUGUAACCACUCAAUUAAUUUAAAGUUCUCAGCUUAAGUGUAUUCAAAAAAAUAAAAUACUGUAAACAUUAAUACAUGCAUAAACAAGUAAGCAACCAGGCACAUUAUAACAUAAUUCAGUGCAUAACUAAAUACAGUUAUCUGGCUUGAUCAAAUGAUGCACCAGAAAAGGACAUAAAACGUUCCAUUCCAAAAUAAUUAACCCCACCCACACUCCCUGAUUAUGGAUCUUAAGAUACAAAAACUCAGGAAAGAUGGCAAGUAUUGAGAAUUGAAUCAAAUGGCUGUCAGCUCAUGUUUAUAGAGAAACUGCUUUUCACAAGCUGCCACAAACUGGUCUUUUUUUUAUAAUGCACUAUAAAACAGGCAGUUAUCCAGUCUCCUUUCUUUGUUCUGGAGGUAUUUGAAAUCAUAAUUUUCCAUUUAAGGAGGAUUAUUAUGGUUAACUGAUAAUGAGUGAGAGGGAUUUCAUAACAUAAAUUUCUAUGGACUGUGCGGUAUUGUAAAUCAAAUUUUCCUUGUAAUAUUCUUAAACUGUAAUGGUAUGUGAGGAGCCUAUGAAGUAGAAUGUUAUAGAUAUGACUGCUUUGACUUUGCUGAUGAGUUCAAGGAGCUGGCAUCAGAAGCCAGGUUGUUCUGCUCCGUCACAGCAGCAGCAGGGCAACAUCAUGAAUCAUUUUGCUUUUGCCUUCAAAAUCUUGUAUGCCAUAUAAAAUGAGCCAGAAAUAGGAAUGUUACAAUUAGCAUCUUAUUGACUUUUAUUCCCUCUCAUUGUUUGAAUAUUUUGGAGCAAAGUGGUAACACUUUUUUUAAAUGAAAAAAAGCCAUCCAGAAAAAGUUGUUUCUGUUAUUGUUAAUUGAAGAUUACAAAUGUUGUUUGUUGGUUAGACAUAAAAAUUGUAUUUGCUGUUUUUAUAUAGUGUAACUUUCUUCUUUGUCACCUUUGACCUCCAGAAAUACUAUCCUGAUUUUUUUAAUUUUAUAUACAAUUAUAUCUACAAAAAUAUUAUAAUUGUGCACUUUUGUUAUGCCUUGUUUCUGAGCACUGAGUUAUUUUUGUUUUUAGAAGAUUAUUUUACCCUGUAAAAUGUGCCAAUAUGGAAGUUCCAGUUUAUGCAAUUUAAUGCUGUGCUGUUUUAGUGAAUAUUGUCAAAGCUCACUCCCCAACUUACCCUAUACCGAACCCACAUGUAGAACUAUAUUAUAGGAAUCAAUUUAAAAAGUGAUACACAAAUGUUGGAAAUCUGAAAUAAGAGCAGAAGAUGCUGAUUUAUUUCUGAAUGAGACAGAUGGACAAAUUUUUCAGCAAAACUGGCUGUCCUUUGAUAAUGUGAUUUUUUUUCAGGAAAACUCAUUACAGAUAUUCCUCAAGCCUGACGAAGGAAAUAAAGUAAGAUAAAACUGGGAUAGGUGUGUGAAGUGGAAUUAUUUGUACACAGUCCAAAUUUAACUUGAACUGAGCAUUUGCUUACAGUAAUUUUAUUUCUUUUCUGAGGAAAAGAGACUUGUAUAAUGUUUUACCAUGCCCAGUUUGAAAUUCAUUCACAUGGCCUAAGGGUUAAAUGCAUGCAAUGUGGAGUUGUGAGGGCAGAUGUCUUUUUGUCUCAUUGUAUAAAUUUAACAUGUUUUUAUAUUACUGAGCUGAGGGGGAGAAACACCCUGUUUAAAAGGGCCAUAAACAGGGGAUGCUAAUGUCAUUGAACUUCACUGCCUAGGUACAGAAUGAGUAACAGUGUGAGUAAAGCAUGGUAACAUUCCAAAUACAAUGGAGCACCUGUAAACAUGAAUUUUAUUUUAAUAAAAUUGCAUUGAGAAAAAUUACAUUAUAUUUUUUAAGAUAAGCAAAUUGGUAAAGAAAAAAAUAUUGAAAGGAUUUCAAAAUCUAUGCCAACUCUGGAUGGAUAUCGACAGGACUCCAGAUUCUCACUGGAAUUCUUAAGAAACCAGAUUUGUCGUGAUUCCUGGAGGUGAAUGAGGAGCUAGUGUGCCAACUUCAGAGACUUCAGCCUAUUAAUAGGAAAGAACUAAAAAAAUGUUUAUAAGGAUGGGGCCAGUAUACUAAUAAAACAUUUGUAGAUAUAUAUUUUUUGCAUAAAAUACUGUAUUUGAAAUGUUAACAGUUUUAUAAAACACUGUCUCUCUGUUGUCACCCGACCGCUUCUAAAAUAAGCAUCUAGAAAUUUCUAAGUGUCAGUUUGAUAAUUAGUCUUUAAAACAACAGCAUAAGUUGUUAUUUUUCCUGAAAAUCUCUGCAUUUUAAGAUCAUAAGAUGUUAAUGUUUGUCCUCAUCAACAAAGAAAUCGUGGGAACCAAAGUCAUUAUGUGAGUGUCAUCAUCUGACUUUGGACUUGGUAAUGAGUGGCAGCCUCUGAACUUGUGACUACAGAUAUUAUGAAUGAAAUUUAUGAGUUUAUUUUAAAAAUCUUAUCAAUGCUGCUAGUGAGCAACAUGAGCAUAUGGAACAAGACCAAAGUGACAAUGGAAGACCAGAGUGCUUAUCAGCAUCUCGAAAGUCGGAACAAAACUGAAUUAUAAAGCAUCAGCAAUCCUUCACGGGAGGAAAUACGAAAUAUAAAGAAGUAGAUAUUUCAUUCUGUGAUAGCAGAAAGCUUGCAUUCAGCUUGUGAUUUAACAAAAUGUUCUUUUGUUAUCCGUUGAGUUUGCCAAAUGUGAAAUCAGCGUCUUUAAUUUCCCUUUCUAAAGGUUUAAAUGAAUAAAUCCUGGCUUGAAAUAAAGUGAAAGUUUAAUUAAACAGCUUAUUUGAACAUGU